AUGGUUAGGAAGAAGAAAUCCGAUGCCCCUUCUGCUGGAGGUGAAAGUUCUCAGUCCCAGAUACUGGUGUUCAGCGGUCGUGGUCUACCACGUCAUCCUCAACAGGGAGGAGGUGGAGGAAGCUACCAAGGUGGAAGAGGUUGGGUUCCUCAGUCCCAGCAAGCAGGUCGGGGAGCUUAUGGUGGUGGUGCGGGUCGUGGCAUGUCCCAACAGCAGUAUGCUGGAGAACCCCAGAAUACCAAGGUAGGGGAAGGAGGGCCUUCCCAGCAAGGAGGUCGAGGGGGAUGUAGCGGUCGAGGUGGUGGAAGCCGUGGAGGAGGAUCUUUCCCCGGUGGAUCAUCCCGACCACCUGUACCCGAGCUGCACCAAGCAACCCUAUCUUUUAAAGCUGCUGACCCCCAGCCUGCACCAUCUGAGGCAGGUUCAUCAUCCAGGCCACAUGAUCAAGCGCUGGUACAGCAAGUUCAGCAGCUGUCCAUCCAGCAAGAAGCCAGCCAAGCAGUUCAGCGUCCUCCCUCAAGCAAAUCAGUGAGGUUUCCUCUUCGGCCUGGAAAGGGUUGCACUGGCAUUAAGUGUAUAGUCAAGGCUAAUCAUUUCUUUGCUGAACUUCCAGAUAAAGAUUUGCACCGUAUGAUGUAAGUUACUAUAACACCCGAGGUUACAUCACGAGGGGUGAACCGGGCUGUGAUGGGACAACUGGUGAAAUUAUACAGAGAAUCACAUCUUGGAAAGCGCCUUCCUGCUUAUGAUGGCCGAAAGAGUCUUUACACUGCUGGACCUCUUCCUUUUGUGUCAAAGGAGUUUAAGAUUACUCUUAUUGAUGAAGAUGAUGGGUCAGGAGUUCCAAGAAGAGAGCGUGAAUUUAGAGUCGUGAUCAAAUUGGCUGCACGUGCUGAUCUGCACCAUCUUGGACUCUUUUUGCAAGGGAAGCAAGCUGAUGCACCUCAGGAAGCCCUUCAGGUUCUUGACAUUGUUCUUCGUGAAUUGCCUACUACUAGGUACUGUCCUGUUGGCCGUUCAUUUUACUCCCCUGAUCUAGGAAGAAGGCAGCCUUUAGGUGAGGGGCUAGAAAGUUGGCGUGGUUUCUACCAAAGCAUUCGUCCAACACAGAUGGGACUGUCACUGAAUAUUGAUAUGUCUUCAACUGCUUUCAUUGAGCCAUUGCCAGUCAUUGAUUUUGUAACACAAUUGCUAAAUCGGGAUGUUUCUUCGAGACCACUAUCUGAUGCUGAUCGUGUAAAGAUCAAAAAGGCUCUUAGAGGAGUCAAGGUGGAAGUUACACAUCGUGGAAACAUGCGAAGAAAAUAUCGUAUAUCUGGUUUAACAUCUCAAGCAACUAGAGAGCUGACUUUCCCUGUAGAUGAAAGAGGUACAAUGAAAUCUGUUGUGGAGUACUUUUAUGAAACUUAUGGUUUCAUCAUUCAACACACUCAAUGGCCAUGUCUACAAGUGGGAAACCAGCAGAGGCCAAAUUAUUUGCCUAUGGAGGUAUGCAAGAUUGUGGAGGGUCAGAGGUACUCCAAGAGAUUGAAUGAGAGACAGAUCACUGCUUUGCUGAAGGUUACCUGCCAGCGCCCACAGGAAAGAGAGUAUGAUAUUAUGAAGACGGUACACCACAAUGCUUAUCAUGACGACCCCUAUGCAAAAGAAUUUGGAAUUAAAAUCAGUGAGAAGCUUGCUUCAGUUGAAGCACGCAUUCUUCCCCCACCAUGGCUUAAAUAUCAUGAUACAGGUAGAGAGAAGGAUUGCCUGCCUCAAGUUGGGCAAUGGAAUAUGAUGAAUAAGAAAAUGGUUAAUGGAGGGACUGUUAACAACUGGAUCUGCAUAAAUUUUUCUCGGCAAGUCCAAGAUAGUGUAGCCCGAGGGUUUUGUUAUGAACUUGCACAAAUGUGUUAUAUCUCUGGCAUGGCUUUUACUCCUGAACCAGUGCUUCCUCCAAUCAGUGCACGUCCUGAGCAGGUGGAGAAGGUCUUGAAAACUCGAUAUCAUGAUGCCAUGACUAAACUCCAGCCCCAGAACAAAGAGCUUGACCUGCUUAUUGUUAUUCUGCCAGAUAAUAAUGGCUCUCUCUACGGUGAUUUGAAACGGAUUUGUGAAACAGAUCUUGGAAUUGUUUCUCAGUGCUGCCUUACUAAACAUGUAUUUAAAAUGAGUAAACAAUAUUUGGCCAAUGUGGCAUUGAAGAUUAAUGUCAAGGUUGGAGGAAGGAAUACGGUUCUUGUUGAUGCAAUAUCACGAAGAAUUCCUCUAGUUAGUGACCGGCCAACUAUAAUUUUUGGUGCUGAUGUUACCCAUCCUCACCCUGGGGAGGAUUCAAGCCCCUCUAUUGCAGCUGUUGUUGCCUCCCAAGAUUGGCCUGAGGUUACAAAAUAUGCCGGCCUGGUUUGUGCUCAAGCUCAUCGCCAGGAGCUCAUUCAAGAUUUAUACAAGACAUGGCAGGAUCCUGUAAGGGGGACUGUGUCUGGUGGCAUGAUUAAGGAGCUCCUGAUAUCUUUCCGAAGAGCCACUGGACAGAAGCCACAGCGCAUCAUUUUCUACAGGGAUGGUGUCAGUGAGGGCCAGUUUUAUCAAGUCUUGCUGUAUGAACUUGAUGCUAUUCGUAAGGCAUGUGCCUCCUUGGAGCCAAACUAUCAGCCUCCUGUUACUUUUGUUGUGGUACAAAAGCGACAUCACACAAGGUUGUUUGCUAAUAACCAUAAUAACCGCAAUGAUGUUGACAAGAGUGGAAAUAUUUUACCUGGCACUGUUGUGGACUCCAAAAUCUGUCAUCCAACGGAGUUUGACUUCUACUUAUGCAGCCAUGCUGGGAUUCAGGGUACAAGCCGUCCAGCACAUUACCAUGUGCUGUGGGAUGAGAACAAGUUCACAGCUGAUGCAUUGCAGUCACUCACAAACAACCUUUGCUAUACAUAUGCAAGGUGCACGCGAUCUGUGUCAAUUGUUCCCCCUGCAUAUUAUGCACACCUUGCUGCAUUCCGAGCUCGUUUUUAUAUGGAACCGGAGACUUCAGACAGUGGAUCGAUGACAAGUGGGACAGCUGCUGGGCGCGGAGGUAUGGGGGGUGCACGAAGCACUAGAGGACCUGGUGCUAGUGCUGCUGUGAGACCUCUGCCUGCCUUGAAAGAAAAUGUCAAGCGGGUUAUGUUUUACUGCUAGGGGGUGCUCCUGAACCAUAUAUUUUAAAUCUAGUAUUUUGAACAGUUCCUACAGUGUGUGGUUUUGCUUUGGAGUAUAGGACUAAAACUAUCCUUUGUCAGAACCUUUAAGCUUUUAUUGUGUUGUACGAUGUUGACUGGUGAACUAUGCUAAGUACUGAUCAGUUAUCCAUUAAUUAUGUCUUACCCCAGUCA